AUGGGAUCCAUUAACCCUGCAAAAUCGUACGACGUUGUCAUCGUGGGUGCUGGUUUUAGCGGAAUGUGGCACCUAUAUCAUCUGAGGAAAGCAGGAUUCUCGGUCCGCUUGUUUGAAGAAGGCUCUGACUACGGCGGAACCUGGUACUGGAACUGCUAUCCGGGGGCGCGAGUGGAUACAGAAAUUCCAGUUUAUCAGUUCACCGAAAAGACAACUGUGGAUGAUUGGAACUGGACGCAACGAUACCCGGGACGGGAUGAAAUUCAGGAAUAUUUUCACCAUGUCAGUCGCGUCUGGGAUUUGGGCCGCGAUGUAACUUUCAACUCGAAGGUCACAUCGCUAGUCUGGGACUCCUCUGCCAAGUUGUGGCUCGUUGAAAUUGGCGAUUCCGGAGAGAUAUUCCAUGCACAACAUAUUAUCAUGGGAACGGGAUUUGCUGCCAAAGCCUAUGUCCCCUCUUACAAGAACCUCGAAGAGUUCCAGGGAGCCAAGACGCAUUCAGCGAGAUGGCCAAUGGAUGGUAGUAUUGAUGUCCAAGGAAAACGGGUUGCUGUUAUAGGAACUGGCGCCAGCGGAGUGCAACUUGUUCAGGCAAUUAGCAAAGUUGCCUCGCAUCUAACAGUCUUCCAGAGAACCCCAAACAUGGCUCUUCCCAUGGGACAGGACGAUAUUAGCGAAGCCGAAAACCAGCGGUUGAAGGAAAACUAUCAAAACACUACACAGAAAAUUAACACAACUUAUGCUGGGUUUCUCUAUGACUUUGUGCCGUCAAUGGGGAGAGACGCCAACGAGGAACAGCGGAACGAACUGUGGGAGCAACUCUUUUACCGUGGUGGCCUACACUUCUGGCUUGGAAACUAUCUGGACCUUCUCGAAGACCGGGACGUCAACGCCGCAGCCUACCGCUUCUGGAGAAAGAAGGCACUCGCUAGAAUCAGGAGCCCAGAAGCUGCUAAGAUCCUGGCGCCGGAAAUACCGCCUCAUCCUUUCGGGGCCAAGCGUGUCAGUCUCGAACAGGGAUAUUUUGAAUGUUUCAAUCGCGACAAUGUUACCCUGAUCGAUGCGAGCAACACAGGAAACCCUGUCUCCGAGUUUACGCCGGAAGGUAUUAGAACGAAGGAUGGUAUGGGGCACAAGUUUGACGUUGUCAUUUUUGCAACUGGGUUCGACGCAAUCACCGGAUCGAUGACCAAGAUAAAUAUUCGCGGCAAGGGGGAAACCAUUCGAGAGAAAUGGGGCAAUGGUGUCUACACACACCUCGGCAUGACCACCCACGGAUUUCCAAAUUUCUUCUUUGUCUACGGUCCACAAGCCCCAACGGCUUUCGCAACAGGUCCUGCUUGUGCUGAAACUCAGGGCUCUUGGAUAGUGGAAUGUUUGAAAUUCCUCCGCAGAGAAAAUUUCAGGUCCAUUGAACCGACAAGGGAAGCGGAAACUCAGUGGCGGGAACAUGUGAAUGACGUUAGCGGCAAGAGCCUGUUAAGUGAAGCAGACAGCUGGUACUUCGGCGGAAACAUCCCAGGGAAGCCGAAAGAGGCACUCAAUUACAUGGCUGGGUUGCCCGAGUAUAGGAGAAGGAUCUGGGAAAGUGCGGAUUCACGAUAUUCUGGUUUUACUCUAGAAUAG